AUGCUUCCACAGUGUGUAUCACGGCGCACGCCACAGUUGGCGUCCCAAGGAUGUUACGACGAAAUCCUCUAUGUGGGUGGCUGGAAGGCUCCAACCACCGGAUUUACCUCGAGUCCAGAGCACCAGACCAGCCACCUUCGUUUUGUAAAGACCGUACAAGACAAUUGUCCUACUUCUCUCUUCACUUCUGUCUCUUCUCUUCUCUCCCUUUCCUCGUCUCCUCUUAUCUCUUCAUCCCUUGCGUUAUUCAUCGCAUCAAUCCUCCCGCUUGAAACCCCAAUUCCAACCCAACACCCCACGCUCACCCCCAUCGACGUCAUCCAUCCAAUUGCCAAUUAUCCAAGCCUCGUCCCUUGGAGACUUGAGCCUCGCCGCGGACGGAACAGAUCCCGAUCCAUUUGCGCAACCCAAAUCAGCAGAAAACCAGGAAGCAUCCUUGUCCGCGACCAGAUUGGCAUCCAGUCGCAAAACGGCUCAAGCACCACCAGGCUCAACAGACGCAGGACAAGACAAACAGCACAGGACAAGAACAACGACUCCCCUUGGCGCAACUUGGCCGCAAUACCAAUAAAGUACUUGUAUAACAAGGUCGCGGCAUCGAGUCGGGCUGUUGUACUGCUUGUCUCCCAGGUCAACGUCGCGCAGCACAGCACAUCGGGGUCCCACAGCGAGCGCAUCUAUCGCGAAGCAACAUUUGCGACAACCCCGCCUCUCAACCGGAUAAGAUCACAGGACACAGGACACCGACGAAUACGAGCGAGAGAACCUACCUUAUAA